CCGAGUGGUUCUUCAGUUGGUUACUUUAUAAACUAUGUACAAUAAAUGAGGCAGAGCAGACAUAGUGCACUUUGUAGUCUGUAGGGAGUAGGGAGUCAAAUGAGAAACUAAACACGUACUUCUGAGGCAACAUGGAGACGGUAGCAAUGGACGUGAGCGGGAGUGACAGUGUAAAAAUCCCUGACAGCGUUUUACGGCGGGAUCAACAAAGAUUGGAGGAGUUGGAGCGGAGGAAACACGCGAAAGAAAGCAAGACCGUUUCAGAAGAAAAAAGUGAUCAUUUCAGUGCUGCAUUUAACCUGGAGAAAUCUGCCAUCGAGGAGCUGCUGUUAAACUGCGCGCAGACUGAUCAUCAGAAAGCCAUGCAGAUGUUGGAGGAGGCGACUGUCAAAUCUCAACAGCUCCAAAAGUUUCUAAACGACAGCAUGAUGUUUCUGACGCAGUAUGAACUGAGACAGGCGCAGGCUAAUCUGCAGAAACUGCAAAGCUCCUUAGCCGAGAGAAGAUCCGAAGUGAUGCCGAAAAAGAAGUUCGCUUUCCGAUCUCGUACCACCGGCGCCAGUCAGCAGUCAGCGACCACACCUUCAGUUAGUGAAGGAAAAACAAUGACAGAUCAGAACACUUCUGGAGUGGAUGGUGCGAUCACUGCUUGUCAGUGUGGCUUCUCAAAUAUUGACAAUCAAGUCCUGAUCAAACGAUCAGAAGAGAUCCAGCAACGAGAUGUCCUCCUGUCUCACCUGACCAACUGCAAGGUGAGACUUUUCGGGUCCCCCAACACCUUGCAUAUCAAAAACGUGCAAAACUGCCAGAUCCUCAGUGGGCCAGUAUCAAGUUCAGUUUUCAUUGAUGAAUGUAAGGAUUCUACUCUGGUUCUGGCCUGUCAACAGCUGCGAACCCACAACACCACAGACACUCAGAUAUACCUCCAUGUCACCAGCAGAGCAAUUAUAGAGGACUGCACCAGGGUAGGUUUUGCUCCGUUCAACUGGGUCUAUGAUGAACUGGAUGCAGAUUUUAAAGUGUCUGGACUGGACCCUUUAAGGAACAACUGGACUCAGGUGGAUGACUUCAACUGGCUUGCUGCAGGGACUCCCUCACCUAACUGGACUGUAAUUCCAGAGUCUGAGAGGGCAUCUCAUUGGGAUUCUUGAGUGCCAACAUCAUGAACUGCAAGCUUGUGUGGAAAUCCAUAUCUUAACCAUAUCUACAGACUGAUGAUUUUUUUUUUAGUUUUAAAACACAUAGACAAGUAAUCCUGACCAUUGUAAAUGCACUAUGCCUUUAUUAAUGACAAAAUUUACAGAUUAACUUUUUUUGACAGAUGUUUUAAUCCAAACGGACUUUCAGUUGAGUUGGUUGCUUCUUUGCAGGGGCUCUUAACUACUCCAGUAUUUUAACCAUGAAUCAACUCUGCAGAUGUAGUCCAAAUGUUUACAGUUCUUUUUCUGCAGCGGUAACCAAAGCAGUUGCAUGUUUAAUAAAUUAUAAAGUGUUUAAUGAA